UGUAUCAUCGCAACAAGUUUAAUAACGCUCCAUAAAACGCCGCUCUCCUUGUAUCAGCAAACUACAUCUCCCAGCAUUCUUAGUACACCGGGCAGCAGCAGCGCUCGGCUCGCCUGGACGCGGAGCUGCAGCAUUUGCGCCCCUACAGCGGGUUUGGGAAGCCGUCAAGCCGCUGGAUAAGCAUUUUUUUUUAAACAACGAGGGACACGCAGCGUGGCACUUCUUUUCACCAUCCUUUUUUUCCAGGCGGGGUCUUUCAGCAUGGGUAAUGGCAUCAAUAAGGUCCUUCCUGACUUGUACUUGGGAAAUUUCAAAGAUGCAAGAGACCGAGAACAGUUGGCGAGAAACAACAUCACACACAUCCUCUCCAUUCAUGACAGCGCAGCUCCCAUCCUCCAGGAGAUGACCUAUCUGUGCAUUUCAGCAGCUGACCUGCCCACACAAAACCUGACUCAGCACUUUAAACAAAGUAUAAUCUUCAUGCACGAGUCCCGCCUGAAAAGAGAAGGCUGCCUCGUUCACUGUUUGGCAGGUGUGUCCCGCAGUGUCACCCUUGUGGUAGCUUACAUCAUGACGGUGACAGGACUGGGUUGGCAGGACGUGCUUGCUGCGGUAAAAGUGGCCCGGCCCUGUGCAGGACCUAAUCUGGGCUUCCAGCGCCAGCUCCAGGAGUUUGAGGCUACUCAAGCUGAUCAGUUCAGAGAAUGGCUACAGAGGGAAUAUAAAGACAACCCCUUCAAUGAUGAGGCUGAUAUACGUCAAUUGCUUGCCAGGGCUUCUAAAGUCAAUGGCGAGGCAGUAAAACAACAGCCAUCUACCCCACCUGGAGGCAUCUGAUCAUCUGACCUUUACAUGAGAUAUUUUACAGCUCGGCCCUGAGGGUGCUACAGUAUUCUGGACCUGGUAAUGUAAUGUGCUUUGGAGUGGACUUAAGUCAGGAUGCUUAUUGCCACUGGAAUGAUCCUCUAAAUAUCUUGGACAUGAACACUGGAAGAAACCAUUAAUAUGUGCAAGACAUAUUAUUAUUAUUAUUAUUUUUUUUUAGCAUUCAUUGAUGUUUCUGCUUUUUUUUUUUCUGCUAAUUUAUGAAUGUUGUGAACCUUUUUGUACUGUGUCAAGACGAUUUCAAAAAGCGAAAUAAAAGGAGUAAAGUGUA